AUGUUUUAUAGCAUACGUGACACUAUACAAAAUUUACAAGAAAACAUAACUACAACAUUAAGGGGUUUAUCGACGGAAGUUCCAAAAAAACAAGUGCCUAAAAAAUCAACAAAUUUAAAUUAUUAUGCCGGUACGGAUUUAUUGGAAAAAUUUCAAAGUUGUUGGUGUGAAUUACAUGAAAUAUCACAAGAUAAUGCAACCAAAGCUGAAGUUGCUGACAAUUACAUUGAUGUCUUAUACAAAACGGUUAUGAGAAAAUCAAAUGACAUUAAUAAUUUUUCCAAUGCUUUAUCUGGUCUUCCCGAUAUAAUCAUUUCAAUGAAUGAUUUAUGUAUUGAAAAAAAUUUAAUAGAUUUAGAAGAUAUUAUUGAGAAAAGAGAAUUUUUUAGUAGGCAAUUAGAUCAUAGAUUUCAAUUAGUAGUCAAUCGAGAAAAACGUUUGGCUGUUUUAAAAAAAAAUUAUCAUUCCAAAUUAAAAGAACACGAAGAGAAACAAGAAUUGCUUGCUAAAGAAUGUCGAGAAGCAUCUGAAGAAUGUUUUAAAAACGACAUGAUGGCAUUUAAGGAAACAAAUGUUAUUUCAACAUUGCUUGAAGAUGUCAUUUUAGAUACUGAAGAUUCGAAAAGUUUAGAAGAUUUUUUAAAUGAUGAAUCAUCUAAUGAACCUGAUUUGGAAAAAAUCAAAGAAGAAUCAUUGGAUUAA